CGGGCUGGCUAGAGUGCGGUGUCCUGUGGGUGGGGAUUCUAUUUAGCUGUCUGUCCCUGGAAGAUCGGAGCUACCGCUGAGGAGAGCUUGGGGGGGCCAUAUAAUCGCCCGACCUCCCUCCCCUCCUCCCCUUCUACACACCUAGUUGCGGUCUAGAGCUCGGAGCUGGUGGUCAUCUGUCUAUCCCUUGUUGCCCAGCUCCUUGCUUCUUCAGUCCAUUUUUUAGUGGCAUCAGAGCAUGGAGUUAAAAAAGAGACUGUGUGAAUGUCUGAUUGCUUGGAUCAUCCAGGUCCUAAAGUGCAUUAAUUUUUUUUUUCUUUCUCAAAAUGACCUGGUUUGGCUGCCCAUAAAGAACCAACUGGACUGCUGACCUUUGAUGCUGUUUUGUAUGGUAAUGGAAAAGAGUCAGGAGACCUGGGAUGUGCCCAUGUAUUCGUUUUAUGAACCUGAGCAAGUUAUUUUACUCCAUUGUGCUUCAAGUAAAAUGGGGAUAAUAUCUGCCCAACCCCCUACCCUCACAGAAUUAUCCUGAGGAACAAAAAAAGGAGGACUUUGAAAAAGGAGCCCAUCCACUGAGUAGAGAUCAGUGCUGUGGAACAGGCACCAUGGCUGCCUCGGCCCCUUUGAGAACCUUGGAAGAGGAGGUGACGUGCUCCAUCUGCCUCGACUACCUGAGGGACCCAGUGACCAUCGACUGUGGUCAUGUCUUCUGCCGAGGUUGUGUCAUAGACAUCCGAGCCCCCCCUGGGGGCCGCCCAUCAUGCCCACUCUGCAAGAAGUCCUUUAAGAAGGAUAACAUCCGGCCAGUUUGGCAGCUGGCCAGCCUUGUGCAAAAUAUUGAGAGACUCAACGUGGAAAAGGGGAAAGAAGCAAAGGAGAAGCGGCCUGAACCUACAACCAUGAUGCAGUGUGAACGGCACAAGGAGAAACUGCACUAUUACUGCGAGGAUGAUGGGCGUUUUCUGUGUGUGAUGUGCCGUGAGUCCAGGGAGCACAAAUACCACACAGCCAUCCUCAUUGAGAAGGCUGCCCAGCCCCACCGGGAAAAAAUCCUGAGUCACCUGGGCACCCUAAGGAGAGACAAAGAAAGGGUUCAGAGCUUUCAGAUGAAGGGGGAAACUGAAAUUCAGCACCUGCUGACCAAACUCCAGAUGGAGAGGCAGAAUAUUGUCUCUGAGUUUGCUCAGGGCCAUCAGUUUCUGAGAGACCGAGAACAACACCUGCUGGAGCGACUUGAGGGAAUAGAACGGGAGAUCAUCGAGGGGAGAGAGAAGUACAACCUCAGGACUUCUGGGGAGGUCACUAGGCUCGGGGCUGUGAUCUCAGAACUGGAGGGGAAGGCCCAGCAGCCUGCCGCAGAACUCAUGCAGGACACCAGAGACUUCCUGAUCAGAUAUCCACGGAAGAAGUUCUGGAGUGGGAAAGCCAUUGCUCCAGCUAUUAGGAAAAGAACUGGAGAAUUCUCUGAUAAACUUCAUUCUUUGCGGAAAGGCCUGAGGGAAUUUCAAGGGAAGCUGCUGAGAGUCCUGGAAUAUAAGACAGUGAACGUCACCUUGGAUCCCCAGACAGCCAGUGGAUACCUUAUAUUAUCUGAGGACUGGAAGAGUGUGUCCUUUACCAAUAUAUAUCGGAGUCUAUACCAACACCCCCAGCAGUUUGAUCCUGAGCCUGCAGUUCUGGGUAGUAAGGGUUUCACCUGGGGCAAAGUUUACUGGGAAGUGGUAGUGGAGAGGGAAGGAUGGGGGGAAGAGGAAGGAGAGGAAGAAGAAGAAGGAGAAGAGGAAGAAGAAGAAGAAGAGAAUGGAUAUGGGGAAGCAGAGGAGGACUGGGAGACAGAUGAGGAUGAUGAUUCUGGCGGAGACGAUGAUGAAGAUGAUCUGGAAGAUGAUGAUGUCAUUCAGGAGUCUUGUCUGGUGGGUGUUGCCAGAGACACUGUGAGGAAGAAGGGGGAGCUCCGCCUGAGCCCCGAGGAUGGAGUAUGGGCCCUGCGUCUGUCCUCAGCAGGUGUAUGGGUUAACACUAAUCCUGAAGCAGAGUUAUUCCUCGCCCAGCGACCCAGAAGAGUAGGGAUUGCUCUGGAUUAUGAUGGGGGUACAGUGACCUUCACCAAUGCGGAAUCACAGGAACUUAUCUAUACAUUCUCAGCAUCCUUUACGAGGCGUUUAGUUCCCUUCUUUUGGCUCAAUUGGCUGGGAACAAGUCUCAUUCUGAAACCUUGAGAGAGAGACACACACACACGUACACACACAGAUCCUCUCUCUGGCCCCUUGCUUCCCUCAGGGUUCUGAUUCCCCUUCAUGGGGGCAAAUAGUCCUGGAAGGUACAUGCUUCAUUGAGGGGGAGAGGGUGUCCUCCUGGCCAGGAAAUCAGGAGCAGGAGAGAGUAGGGUCUUUGUGCCUACUGCCAGUCCUUAUGCCCUUAGUUUCCAUGGCCCCCACAUAGACUUGUACCAAGACUAGUUCUGUCACUUGAACUGUCCUGUUUAUAACAUUUCUGAUGGUCUCCCUUCCCUGUGUGGUGGUAAAUUUCCCCAAGGCUUUAGGUAUGAAUUCCACUUACUCAAUUUCUCUUCCCCCAAAGUCACUCCAAUGCCAUUGGAGUUCUAGGUCAUGUUGAUAAAAUCCUUGAGUCUUGCAAAAUUCAUUUCUUUGGUCUCCUGUCCUAUGCUUUCUUCCCUGCCCCAUAAUAAUACCUGUCCUCAUCCGGUUAGCUGCUUUUCAACCCUCUAUCCCAAACUCCACCUCUCCCACUCAGCCUUUCUCUGUGUAGUAAAGAGACAAUUUCCUCAAAAUAUAAAUUAAAAUAUGAUAUAUGGAAUAAAAUGGAAUUCCUAUAGGAUUUCUUUCAGACUGAGGGGCUUUAGGAUUACUGAAGAAGGGAAGGGACUCCACUGAUCCCAGGUGCCAGUUGGGAUCCAUUUCUCUUCAUACAUAUGGAUUAUAUGAAGCCCUUAGGUGAGGUCCUGUCCCAAGUUCAUACUCUGUCUUGUCCAGGGCUUUGCAGAUGAGUUUCCCCAUGGCUGUCAAGGUAUUAACCUCAAGUCCUGAUGUCCUGAUGUGUACAUAGACCCAUUUGACUCUGGGGAAAUUAUCAAGAUCAAUAAAUCACCUUUGUGAAUCUCUUCUUUUGAAUAUGUGACUGAGCCCAGAGUCUUAUUCCUGUGACUGGGUCUAGCACCCCUCCUCACCUCAAAGGCCAGCGGUCUCGUAGGUGCUCUGUUCUUGUCUGUAUAUAGAAAACCCCCUGGUCUCUGGUGCUUUUCCAACCCAGACUCUGAGCUCCUUCAAUAAGGCCUUAAUUUUUUUGUUGUUGUUGCUUGUUCCCUCUCAUGCAAUUUCAGUCCAGAUCCUUCCCUUCAGGGUAAAGAUACCAAGGUGCCUCAGAGGUCCACAAUCAGAUUUCCAGUUCUCUAAAGCUAGAGAAGGGAAUAAAUGGCAACCUACCUCCUAGGGGAUAAAGUCCUGGCUCCUUAUCCUAGCAUCCAUGGUCUUCCACAAUUCUUGGCUUAUUCAACCCAAUACCAUGACCCAACAAUCCAAAACAAACUGUGCUCCUACCAAAUUAAGCAUUGUUUCUCCACCUUCCUGACACCAGGAUCAUUGCUUAUUCAUACAUUUAGUAGUCCCCUAGGCGUGGAAUGCCCUUUCCCUUUUGCCCAUCAAAGAGCCCACCUCAAGUCCUACCUCUUCCAGGAGGUCUUUUUCAAAUGCUCCUGCCCACAGUGACUUUGUCCUGAUGUAAUUUCUUGUAUGUACCAUGUGGUGGCACUUCUCAGAUAGUACCUUGUAUUGCUAAUUGGCUGUUUCCUGUGUACAUAUCCCCACCAUCCCACAACUGGACUGUAAGCUAUGGAGGGCAAGGGCCAUGUUUUGCAUAUCUCACAGUGAUAGAUACACUACAUUACUACUGCUGAAUAAAUAUUUGUCAAACAAA